AUGUCGAUUGCGCUUGACUGUUGGACUUCUCCAUUCCAGCAAGCAUUUAUAGCUAUCACAGGAUACUUCCUAGACCAGGAAUGGGAGUAUCGCGAGGUUCUCCUUGGGUUUAAGUUAAUAUCUGGAUCUCAUACUGGAGUGAACCUCGGUAGGGUUGUUCUCCAGAUCCUAGAGAAGCACCAGAUCGCUGACCGUAUACUGGCGGUGAUAACUGAUAAUGCGUCUAAUAAUAAGACACUUAUUGCAGCGGUGAAUGAUUCGACUAAGACGCUACAGCAAGAGAUAGAUUCUACAAUUAUCCAAGUGCCCUGCCUUAUGUAUGUUAUUCAAUUGAGUCUAACUGAUUUACUUGGUAAAAUUAAGGCCGCCCUGAAGAAUAACAACACCGAGAUGGAAUGGUCUGAAGAUCGUGCUGCGAAGGAGAAACUGAAGAAAUACUAUGGCGAGACAGAUGAUAUCGAAGGUAAUCUUUAUGCAAUUGGGACGAUCUUAGCGCCAUCAAGUAAGAUGGAGUUCUUUUCAACAGGUGAUUGGGACCUAGAUCCUGAGAUAGGAAAGGACUAUAGAAAAGAAUACCGCAAGAGUCUUCAGUCUCUUUUCGAGAGAUAUAGCCAACAGAGGGCCCUUGACGGUGAUUCUUCACUACGAUCAAUUGCUCCACAGUACGACGAGCUCACCAAAUAUCUCCAGAGUGAUACUAUUAAAGGAUCUGUUCGGAUCUUCUGGAAAGAUCAUCAGAGAGAGUUCUCUGUUCUUACAAGUAUUGCCCGUGAUAUCAUGUCAAUUCCAGCAACUGGUGCCGGAGUUGAGCGUCUGUUUAACUCUGCUUGGGAUGAGGAGCAGCGGCUGAUUCUCCAAGAGUAUCUCUUAGACUAUGAGAUAGCAGCUUCGGCAGAAGUACUUGAUGUCCAGAUAUAUACCUUCGAGGCUAUCAGUGAUGACGAGGAGGAGGAUAUUGAGUUGUGUCUUGAUACACCGGCUGCUGUAUCAAUUAUGCAAACAACCCCAAACGUACCGCCACUCUCAGCGGUUGCCGCUGGAAAGCGGCCUGCGGUCACUUCUGGUGAUAAGGAAGAUUCUGAUGCCGAUGGAUUUGUGAACCCGGAGGAGAAUCUAUUAUUAUCCUUCCCUAAUACGCAGCAUCGUGUAUCAGACACUAUGCUAUAG